CGACCGGCCGGAUUUCGCCAGCCUUAGCGUUGGCAUCCGCAAGCGGGCGAGAGUGUUUUGUAUCUUCUCUUUCUUUUCGUCCAUUUUUUUUUUGUUUUUUUGCUUCGACGUUCAGAUGUUGCACUUUUAACGUGACCGGUUGAUGACGUCAGUCGCUUUCGACGUUCAAACUCAAAUUGGACGCCCGCCGCUGCUCCACACGACGUGAGCGGAAGAAGACAAGCUAGCUAAGUGGGCAGCGACACCGGCGUGUCCUGCUGCUGUCGUCGUGCCUCUGCUAUGAGCAACACUGCGCAGAGGAAGCGGAGGGUCGAGGAGAGCCCGCUCGUGUCCGGCAGCGCCAAACCCCGCGCUCGCGCUCGCGCUAGCAGGGUAGCCAACGCGAGCAGAAGAGCGGCGUUAAACAGACGAAGCAGCAGCCCCAGACGGACGCGGGCCCCGCAACAGCCCGCCGCCGCCACCGAGACCAUCGACGUGAUUGACGGCCAAGAGUCAGACGGCAUCGAGGAGGUGGUCGAUCUGACGUCCGAGGCGGCAGAAGUGGCGCAUGUCGUCGACCUGACCCACAACGACUCAGUAAUGCUGGUGGACGAAGGUCCGGGCGGCCCGAGAGAAAGCUACGUCGUCAGCGAUGACGAUGACGUGACUCCUCUACCCACCGCCGAGGUCUUGUGCUCGCUCCAGGCGCAGAGCUCUGCCAGGUUAGCGCCGGGAGCAAUCAGCUGUCCGGUGUGUAUGGACUCGUACUCGGAGAUGGUGGACAGCGGGCGUCUGGUGGUGUCCACAAAGUGCGGCCACAUCUUCUGCAGCCAGUGCCUGCGAGACGCCCUCCGCCGCUCUCUCACGUGCCCCACGUGCCGCAAACGCCUCACGUCUCGCCAGUACCACCCCAUCUACAUUUGAGCAACGCCGCCAAUUGUGUACUUUUUGCUUUUAUACGCAAGUCAAAUAAACGCCUUUCUUCCA